AUGGAUGGCGGAGACUGGUCAGGUCAUCCUCCCCCAGGCACAGCCAAGGCUUCCCCGUUGCGGCAGGCAAAGCGGCGCAAGAUCGCAGUGGCCUGCGAGACGUGCAGGGCCCGGAAGGUCCGCUGUGAUGGUCAACGGCCUACAUGUGGCCCUUGUUUGACCCGAGCCGAGUAUUAUGGUAUAGAACUGGAUUGUGUUUACUCGCGCAGCCUCUCUGAGAGACACGCAUCCUCCAACCCUCGUACAAAAAGACAACCUACGAGACCACAGACCCCAAGCCCAUAUCGAGCAUGUGCUCAUCAAGUAGAGGCCCGGCAACGUCCAAGCAUUCCCUCGGGAAAUGACCCUGUGACGUCUUCUCAUCAGCCAGCCGGAAGUCCAGAUGAUCGUAACCCCUGUACAAUCUCUCCGUUUAUGCCUUAUAUGCCGGCUGGAUCCCAGCGGCGGCCGAACAGUAGAGAGGGAGUGAAUGCGAUGGUAGGGGAGGUGGCGGCUGAUGAACGAUGCCCCCCACAGGGCUUUUUUGGAAGCUCAAGCGCAGGGGGUUUCAUGCGGCAGAUCAGGGUUGCAGUGGAGAAAGAAGUGCCGUCAUCAGGAAUCCCCAAUCCGCAAGCCUCUCCAUUGGACCGUAACAGAGCGAAGGAACCUUCCACCCCUGGGAUCAUAAGCAAUCAUGUGCUGCCGUCACGGCGCAUGGGGGAUCAUCUCAUGGAAAUAUACUGGGAGUUUGUCUUCCCUCUUUAUCCCUUUUUCGAUCGAAAACAGCUAUCCGCUGAGUAUCUUACGAUUUGGAAUGGGAAGGGGUCCCCGAGUGACGAAGACAUGCUCAUGUGCACGUUUAAUCUUAUAUUCGCCUUAGGCUGUCAGCUAUCUCAGACAAUCGAACCAGAGAAUCGAGCAGCAACAGCAGACAGCUUUUUUUCUCGCGCCAAACAUCUGAUUCAGAUUAAUAUAUGGCAGCCAAGCUCUACCCCACUGGUUCAGUGCCUGCUUCUCAUGUCGCAAUAUCUCCAAAGCACGGAUCAUGCUGACCAAUGUUGGAUUGUGACUGGCAUGGCAAUUCGCGGUGCGCAAAGUCUAGGACUCCACCUGCCGGAGACAAGUGCACGCUUAGCCAGCGACCAAGGUAAAGAGCUUCUUAGGAGAAUAUGGCAUGGAUGUGUUCUCAUGGAUCGUGUGGUCGCGUUGACCUUGGGACGACCUACCAUGAUAUCUAAAGAAGCAGCUGGUGCUGUCGCUUUACCUACCAUGGUAGAUGAGGAAGUUCCGCCAUCUCUCGCCGAGUCACACACCCAAGGAGGAACAGAGAGACCGUCUUUCAUAACAUUCUAUGCCAAGUGCCUGGAGCUGUACGAAAUCUUGAACGAUAUACUGCUUAGCCUGUAUCUGAACAGCGACCCUCCGGACAGGCCCGGAGACCACCAUACCUACUACUUCCAAAGCUUCCAUGAAGGUCAAGUGACAGUGUUUCGCCUCGACCAUGCACUCACCGUAUGGUCUCAGAGCCUUCCAUCAGUCUUUCGCAGCCAAUUCACACCAUUGCCUGCGAAUCAUGUUAUUGAAGACUCGCUCCCGCAACGGUUCGCGCUGCAGUGCUCUAUAGUUUGUGUAAAGUCAGCUCAGGAUCUCAUCGAUAUGACCUAUACGAACCUACCACCGGCCAAUACCAUCGGCCUGCUUCCCGCUUGGUGGUACAACAUUUUAUAUGUGUACACAGCCGGCACAGUCCUAAUGGCCGGUCGUCUUCACCAGGCUAUUUUGGCGGAGCUAACCGAAGAAUCCGUGGGUCAGACCUGGCAGCGUGCUCUUGAGAUCCUUCGCAAAUAUCGAAGCUACAGUUCUUCUGCUCAACGGUGCAUUGUGGCACUUGAGCUGCUCUAUGAGAAAGUGAGCGCCUCCAUCAAUGUCAGGCAGAGCUUCCCUCCUCUGGCACCUGGUAACCCCGCACACGAAGCUUCUCCCGGGGAAGGGCUCUCAGAAGCACUCUUGGAUACAUUAGACUUACCGGACUUCUUUGACAUGUCGUGGCUGAAUAGUGUACCUAGUAGUCUGUACUAA